GGUGAAAAGGAUAUGCCAUCUUCGCUUAUCGCUAGAUACUGUCCCGUUAUCGUUUACUGGUAUUCAAAGUCAACCAUUUUAUGAGCCUCUUAUGCAUGUUUGCUCCAUGAAAAGACCUCAUUGACAAAUCCUAUGCCUUCAAAUUUAUUUGCAGAGUCACUUGUCCAAUAAUGCUAGUAAUAGUGAAUAAGUUCGUGUAUUUGCUAUGGCCCCCACGUCCCACUCAGUGGAUUCACUUGACCCCAUUUCACUAUAUAUAAAUCGCACUGUUCUUUUUUGGUUUUCAAAGUUUUCUUGUUUCCACUCUAAUGGCUUCUCUUUGGAGCUUUGGCAUUGUUCUUGCUCUACUUCAGGCUUGGUCCCUUGAAAUUCUUGCUGAAAGAUAUGUUUAUAUUGUAUAUAUGGGAGACAGACUCCAUGAUGAGCCUAAGCUGGUUCAGGAGUCCCACCAUGAAUUUCUCUCAUAUAUUAUUGGAAGUGAAGAAGCUGCAAAAGAAUCAAUUCUGUACAACUACAAGCAUGGAUUUUCAGGAUUUGCAGCAGUUUUAACCAAGUCACAAGCAAAGGUUAUUGCAGAAUUUCCAGGAGUUGUCAGUGUAAUUCGAAAUAAAAUUAUUAGACCUCAGACAACUAGAAGUUGGGAUUUCCUGCAAGUAAAGCCUUAUCUUGAUGAUGGACUCCUUUCAAAGAGUCAUUCUGGGGUUGGGUCCAUCAUUGGUGUUAUGGAUACUGGUAUAUGGCCAGAGUCAAAAAGCUUCACAGAUGAGGGCAUAGGAGAGGUGCCAUCACGCUGGAAAGGGAUAUGUCAGGAAGGAGAAGGAUUUAAUCAUUCUCAUUGCAAUAGGAAAAUUAUUGGUGCACGUUGGUAUAUCAAGGGUUAUGAAGCUGAAAUUGGAAAGCUAGACACAAGUGAUGUGCUUGAAUACUUGUCUCCUCGAGACGCUAGAGGCCAUGGAACUCAUACCUCAUCCACUGCAGCUGGUGUUAUAGUGGAAAAUGCAAGUUUUAUGGGACUAGCUCAAGGAUUAGCAAGAGGGGGUGCCCCAUCAGCUUGGCUUGCUAUAUAUAAAGUUUGUUGGGCUAAUGGUGGCUGCAGCUCUGCUGAUAUUCUUGCUGCAUUCGAUGAUGCAGUCCUAGAUGGUGUUGAUGUGCUUUCUGUAUCUAUCGGCUCAACACCUCCUCUAGCAACUUAUGUCGAAGAUCCAGUGGCUAUAGGUUCCUUUCAUGCUGUAACUAAAGGAAUUUCUGUAGUUUGCUCUGCAGGGAAUUCCGGUCCUUAUCAUCAAACUGUCAUAAACACUGCUCCAUGGGUUACUACUGUUGCAGCAAGUACGAUUGAUCGAGCUUUUCCUACAAGGAUUACCUUAGGGAAUAAUCAAACUGUGGUGGGUCAGGCUUUGUAUACAGGGAAAAAUGCAGACAAGUUUUACCCUGUUGUGAAUGGAGAAGACAUAGCAGUUGCAGGUGCAUUUGAAGAAAGUGCAAGAAAUUGUGAAACUGGAACCUUGAAUGCCACUUUAGCAAGAGGGAAAGUAAUUCUAUGUUUUCAAUCUCGAUCAGUCAGGUCAGCUACUGUCGCUACAAGGACUGUCUCCGAGGUUCAGGGUGCUGGUCUUAUCUUUGCACAGUUUCCUAAUAAGGAUGUCAUUUUAUGUUUUGAUAUCCCAUGCAUCCAUGUGGACUUUGCAAUUGGAACAUAUCUUCUCUCAUACAUGGAGUCAAGCAGAAAUCCUAGAGUCAAGUUUAGCUUCACAAAAACAGUUAUUGGGCAAGAGAUAUCACCGGAGAUUGCAUUCUUCUCUUCUCGAGGACCUAGUUCCCUCUCUCCCGUUGUCUUAAAGCCUGACAUUGCUGCUCCUGGGGUCAAUAUCUUGGCAUCUUGGUCACCUGUUGCUUCACCUCUAUCGUUUGAUAUCACAAAAAAUAAGUUGACUUCACUGAACUUCAAAUUCGAAUCGGGAACAUCCAUGGCUUGCCCUCACAUUUCUGGUAUUGUGGCUCUUCUUAAAGCUACUCAUCCAACAUGGAGCCCAGCUGCAAUAAAGUCUGCAUUAGUAACAACAGCUUCUAUAGAAGAUGAAUAUGGUCAAAAAAUUGUUGCUGAGGGAGGUCCUCACAAGCAAGCUGAUCCAUUUGAUUAUGGAGGUGGUCAUGUCGAUCCAAACAAAGCCUUAGAUCCUGGUCUUAUAUAUGACAUUAGCAUUUCAAAUUACAUCCAUUUCCUUUGUUCUCUGGGCUAUAAUAACUCCGCAAUCAGCUUAAUGACUAGAACUCGAACUGUAUGCCACAAAUCGACUAGCUUCCUUGUCAAUCUUAAUUUGCCAUCUAUCACCAUUCCUGAGCUUAAGAACAGGUUAACUGUAUCAAGAACUGUCACAAAUGUUGGUCCUGCCAUGUCUGUCUACUUCUCACGUGUUCAAGCUCCAGCCGGGACUUAUGCGAGAGUUGAGCCAUCAAUUUUGUCAUUUAAUUCUUCUGUAAAGAAGCUCAAGUUCAAGGUAACCUUCUGUUCACUGUUAAGGGUUCAAGGAAGAUACUCAUUUGGAAACUUAUUUUGGGAAGAUGGGUUCCAUGUAGUAAGAAUACCUUUGAUUGUUAAAACUGUUGUUGAUAAUUUUUAUGCAGAAACAUGAUGCAAAAUGUGACUAAUUGCAUCAAUUUCUGCGAAUAAUAUGUCAUUUCUUACAAGUUUGAUAGCCUGCUACUAAUUCUUCUUCUGCUUCUGGUAAAUCAAAAGGCAAACAAGUAGUCAAAUGCUGUUUGAGGUUCUUAAUAACUCUGUCUGUUCAACAUGCCUACUGAAAUUUUGAAAUGGAUUAAGAGAAGUGGUGAUAAA